GAAAGGCAAUAACGAUGAACACUCUGCAUCUGCAGAGACGCAUCACCGUAAAUACUUGUACGGACAAUGCAGAAACCAGUUUGACCAUAAAUCAGCUUUGCUAAAACGCCCAAUCAGGAAAAAGCUAAACCCGGAAGUAAUUUAUCCAGCUGUUGGUGUGUGUGAGAGAGAAACAUAGAGAGAGAAACAGAGAGAGAGAGAGAGGAGAUGGUGGUUGUUUGUGGCUUUCUUUGGGAUGAAAAUAAUACACCGUAUGAAAAUGUAACCGACGACAUAAAUCCACGUCUGGUCUCGAACAAGGAACAUUGUGGUAUUUGGGCCUGGGUGAGGUCUUGUAGCCAACCAUGUUCCCCUGCUCCACCACAACACAGCAGACCAGAGGAGAGGAGUAGACAGACAGGAUAAUUCAAUGUCAUUGUGAAGAGGACACUGUGAGUGCAGGAUGCAGUCUUCAGGCCACCGGCAGCGCGACACAGAGCAGCACCAACCCCUGCUGUCAGCUGACAAUGACCCUGAGGCUGGGGCAGGUCCUCUGUGUCCUCCGGCUGACCAGGACGGCCUGUGGUUUAUCCAGGACGGCUGUGGUAUAGUCUGUGGUGUGGUGACCUGGUUGUUGGUCCUCUACGCUGACUUUGUGGUCAAUCUGGUGAUGCUGCUGCCAAACAAGAGCUUGUGGUACUCCGUGAUCAACGGAGCACUGUUUAACUUCCUGGUCGUCAUGGCGCUGGCCUCGCAUCUACGGGCCAUGCUGUCAGACCCGGGGGCGGUUCCUAAGGGCAACGCCACCAAAGAGUACACGGACAGUCUGCAGCUGAAACCUGGAGAGGUCAUCUAUAAAUGUCCCAAGUGUUGCAGCAUCAAGCCACAGAGGGCCCAUCACUGCAGUAUCUGUAAGCGCUGUAUCCGGAAGAUGGACCACCACUGUCCCUGGGUCAACAACUGUGUCGGGGAGAAGAACCAGCGCUUCUUUGUGCUCUUCACUAUGUACAUAGCUCUGAUCUCGGUCUACGCCCUCUGCCUCAGUUUCCUACAGUUCUACAGCUGUGUCAAGGACCAGUGGAAUGAAUGCACCGACUUCUCUCCGCCAGUGGCGAUGAUGCUGAUGAUCUUCCUCUGUCUGGAGGCCUUCCUCUUCCUCACCUUCACCGUGGUGAUGUUCGGAACGCAGAUACACUCCAUCUGCAACGACGAGACGGAGAUCGAGCGUCUGAAGAAUGAGAAGCCGACGUGGGAGCGGCGUGUGCGCUGGGAGGGGAUGAAGGCCGUGUUCGGAGGCCCACCCUCCUUCCUCUGGUUCAACCCAUUCACCGGCCUGCGUCUGCGGCGCCUACUGAUGACACGUACACGCCGUAGUGGUGUGGAGUUCUCUGUCUGAGGGCUGAGCAGCCAAACACAGCUCUUCCCCGUCUGAUAGCCUCGGACCUCUCUGGACCGUCUGAUAGCCUCGUACCUCUCUGGACCAUCUGAUACCCCCGGACCUCUCUGGACCGUCUGGUACCCCCGGACCUCUCUGGACCAUCUGAUACCCCCGGACCUCUCUGGACCAUCUGAUACCCCCGGACCUCUCUGGACCGUCUGGUUCCCCCGGA